AUGUCCAACGCAUUCGCGCCUUCGAAGGCUCUUCUCUGUUUCCAUGGGACAGGCUCGAAGGCCCAUAUUUUCAAUGUCCAGAUGGCAAGGAUUUGUUUCCUUCUGAAGGAUGAGUUCCAGUUCAUCUUCGUCGACGGCCCUUAUGAGUGUUCUACUGCCGGACCAGGCGUUCUGCCAAUGUUCAGUGGAAAUGAGCCCUACUAUUCCUGGUUUGGGCGUGAAAGCAAAUCCAUUGACGACAGCCUUCAAAAAAUCAAUCAGGCUGUCCAUGAGGCGGUCACACAAUGGGAAGCAGAGAAAAGCAAUGUGGACGCGGAAAUAAUCGGGGCAAUCGGAUUCUCUGAGGGUGCACUUGCCGUCGCUUUUCUGCUCUGGCAGCAACAGCAAGGCGUGUUGCCCUGGCUCCCUGAAUUGCGCUUUGCGGUUAUGUCCUGCUGCUUUUUCCCCAAUGAGGCCUCUUUGUGGUUGAACAACAAUGCUCGGACGUAUGGAUUGAACAAGGCAGAGAUACAAGUACCCACGCUUCAUAUCCAUGGCAACAAAGAUUUCUCGUUGGCUCGGGCGCGGAGGUUAGUAAAGAACCAUUAUCAAGCAGGAGCUUCUGUGAUUUUCGAAUGCGAGGCCGGUCACCAUCUUCCAAAGAGGAAGGACGAAGUGGAGAUGAUUGUCAUGCAUAUCUCAGAAAUGUCAAAAUUUUGA